AUGGCUCUCCUGCUAUUUACUAUUUUAUCUCUUUGCCCUUUUCUUUUUAUGGCGGCGCCCCAAGCCCCCGAAAUAAACGACCAAUUCGACACAAAAAAGCCGGAAACAGUUACACAUAUUAACAAAUCGAAACUCUCUUACAUAUCCGAGGAGAUUGACAUCACAGAAAAAGACAAGAAGGUCACAUUUGAAAAGAGAGACGUACCAAAAUACAAAAUUACAUUUUACAGAAUUCUAACGGCGCCGUUAGCCAGGCUCAUAACGGAACCGAAAGUCGUUAUGGUACUGAAAAAUAUUGGGACGUGUAUUGUGAAUGGCGUGAUGGAAAUUAUUUCCUAUUACUUUCCUGCGCCUUUCAUGCCGUUGAUAGCGACCGCCGCGGGUAUGUUAAUACCCUUUGAACCAGUUGUGACUUUACGGCGACGAAUGCCAGUUACGAGUUAUCGACGGGCGUUUAAAACUGCAGUCAGUAGUUUUCUUAACACGUUUGAUGAGUAUAAGGUUGAUGAAGAUGAUCCGUAUAUGACAAGGCGGUUUAACAGACGAUUUUUAAAUCAUCUUUCAGAAGAAAAGAAACCAUAA